ACCGCUCCUUCCGCCCACUUGCUCCCAGCCGAUUGGCUGAGCCGGCGAAGACGUGCAGUUUGAAUCUGUUGUCGGUGCUUGCCACAGUCGCUCCGGUUUCCAGGGUUUUAUUCAACAUUUAAGCAGGGAAUAUUGUUCGACUACACAGCAGUCGGACCUUGGCUGCAGUCUUUUCCUCUCUUGUGAUCCUGACCUGUGUCGGAGGCGAUGCGUCGUGACUCAUCUGUCAACCGCCGCAAGGGCAAAACCCCUACGCGGCGCCCAGCGGUGUCUGCCCCAGUGACCCCUGGUUCGACGCGCCGGUCCCCAGGACGGAGCGGUGGUUCGGUGCUGAAUCCUGGGACUCCCAAGAAGAGACGGUACCGACCAGGAACCAAGGCCUUAAUGGAAAUCCGCAAAUUCCAGAAGAGCACGGAUCUUCUGCUCAGGAAGGGACCCUUCUGUCGCCUGGUUCGUGAAAUUUGCCAAACUUUUACCACAGAGGCUCUCCGGUGGCAGCUGUACGCUCUGCUUGCCCUGCAGGAGGCCGCAGAGGCAUUCCUCGUCAUGUUGUUCUCGGACUCAAACCUGUGUGCCAUCCACGCCAAGCGGGUAACCUUGUUCCCCCGUGACAUUCAGCUGGCAAGGAGGAUCCGCGGCGUGGACACUCUGUAAAGACGGCGUCAACAACCGGAACCAGACUCUCGUUUAGUUCAGUACAAACUUUAUUUGGGGGGGGUUUUAAAAGUUUGCUGCUGGUGUGCUGUGUUUCAUCAGGGUUCAGUUCCUAGGACUUCUAAAAAAAAUAAGUUUCAAAAAAGUAUGAAACUAAUCCUCUCGAGAAGCUGUUUUUUAUAUACCUUGUAAAAUAAUUUUAUUACUCUUUAUUUUUUUUAAAUUAAGUACCCUAAAGCUUUAUUUUGUUCCAAUAUGUAAAUCAGGGUUUGAGAGAAAUGUGUUUUGUUUUUUAGUUUUUUCAUCCAUGUGUCCAGUUGCCAAUCAGAUCUGUUCUGAGCUCUGAGCUCCCUGGGACAACCCGGUCCCAUUCAUUAGAUCAAUCUGGCAAAGUUUGAAUGAGGCAUUAACAUGACUAUAGUUAAGGGUGAACUUGUUUUGAUUCCUGUUUCCUCAGGCUUUUGAGACUCCAUUCUUUUAUUUUCUUGUACUUCUCUUCAUUUUGUUCAUGUACAGCAGCUUAUUAACACUGGUUGUUUUAAAUGUGUUGGAUGAAUAAACUUGAAUUCAAAGUA